UUCCCAGGUCGCAUAUCUCUGCGUCCUAUAUUCUCAUCUGUAUAUCCUUAUAUGCAUGAAUUUGUAAUUGUUGUCAUUAUUUCUGUAUCAUCAAUAAGCUUCAGCUUUAAUACAGGAUUGUAGUUACUGCUAUACGUAUAUGAUGUUACCGUGGAUCUUCCAGAUGCUUGAUUAGCUCCUGUUUACUAGUCCCUAAAACACCUGAGAACAAGAAAACGGGUGAAGGUCGGUAAUCAAUUUUGUAGCCACUCCGACGUUCAAGUCAGAAAGACCUUCACCUGUUUUCUCAGGCGUGUUAGGGACUAAUAAACAGGAGCAAAUCAAGCAUAAGGAAUAUCCACGGAAACAUCAGUAUAUAAAAGCAAAUCUAUACUGACUAUUCAAAAAAAUAAAUAACAAAAUCGAUCUGUCCGAAGCACAUAGUUUCAUGCAAAUUACAACCUAACUGUGCCACGGAUAUGUGAUAAUUUCACGGUAGCACGCAAAGCACUCCAGUUGUCCACAGGAGCUACGAUAACGUUCUUCAGUGGCUCUUACACUCCCUCGAAAGUGAAAAUCGAGGCCGUUAAUGGCCUCCUCCAUAGCUCCAAUUAUUGGCGCUGAAUUUAGAGCUCAUGGGUUUCGAUCAGCUGCUGCUUUAGAAGCAUUAACCAAAGCAAGAAAAAAGAAGAUCCCAAAUGUGGUGCUGUACAACUACCCUUCUUUCUCCGGAGCAUUCUCUGCUCAGUUUGCUACCCUCUUCCACUCUCGCCUCAAUCUCUCUUGCCUUGUCUUACCUUUCUCUUUUGUUGUGCCUCUCAGGGUUGAAGAUUUGGGACUUGAGAGAUGUUAUCUUCUUGAUUUUCUUGGUCCUCCAGGAUUUGCCGCGAUGCUUUCACGGCAAUCAAUGUGCAAAGUAUUAGGCUUUAAUCGCCCUCCAAGAAUUCCCUCUGAAGAGUGUGCAGAGAAAGUCACAUUUCAUACUGAUAUUGAAGAGAGUACUGUUGUAUAUAACUAUUUCUCUAGCAAGCUUCUAGCUAUGACGUCUCAUAAUAAUAAGGGAGGAGUUAACAGAUUGUUGAACCCAGAAGACCAAGACCGUGUUGAAAUGGUUCUUAGGUACAUAUGCAGAUCUUCGACGUUGGAGCUUACCGGAUAUUAGAGCUUUUAAUAUUGGACAAAAUGAAUGGCGCUCGAAGAUAAAUUACAAACCCAUUUAUGCUUGAACAGGGAGUUAGAGCUGAUGGCAAUUCCAACUUAAGUGAUGAAAUGGACAGGAAACUUAAUGUAAAAAGUGCUGCAGCUGGUCUAAGUUAUGACACUGAUUGGAAGGGUGAAGAAGAAAGCCACAGCACUGGUAAAGAGGAGUCCCCACCAUGGCAUCUGAACCUGAUCAUUCAAGACUAUACAGAGAACAAGCGAAACUACAAGUGUGACAGCCAACAACAAGUGAAACCACCAGGAAGGUGCUGAUUAAAUGCUAGAAAUGUCUCUUUAAAUUGAACAUAUCCAAAAGUUGGGAAUAAAUGCUCUUAUGUGAAUUCUGAACUGAAGUAAUGUCAAUAAAGGACAGCAGAAGUAAAUGCUCAGGUAGUUUGGCAUAUCCCUUUGUGUUAGAAAUUUUUCAUGAAAGGAAGACCGAAAAUGAAUAAUGUAAAAUUGACAUUUUUUUUUCUAUAGUCAUGAUUUUUAUUCUUAGUACUGGAUAUGUCACAAUUACUGCGAGUAUAUUUUCAGUAAUACUGAAAAUAUUUAUAAAA